UAAAAAUUCCAAACACCCUCUCUCUCGCUCUUCACAGUCCUCACCUCCCUCAUCUCUCUCUCUCACCUCUCAAAUUCACCAGACAGAUAACUAUGGUGGAAUCAGUACCACCAAACCCUAACUCGCCCUCACCAUCGGCAACCGCCGGCGAUCCUCCACCGCCACUUCAACCACCGCCGCCUCCGCCGCCAACCCAGGGCGGUGGCUUCAUACGGUUGCCUCGGCGACCGACCAUAAGAGUCACAUCGGAGUUCGACAGUGAUAGCUCCAUCUUCUUGCACAAGAUAUCAAGCAAGUUGUUCGAUAAUCUUGCGAAGCUGAAGCUGUGCUUUCAGAACAACAGCAAGGGCGAGAUCUUCCAGCCCCAGUUGGCCCUCACCUCCAAGCAUCUCUCGCUCCACUACGAUCUCGAAGAGCAGAACGCUUUUGUCAAUGGGUUUCUGGAUGUUGCUCCUGGUGUGCAGUUGAAGGCUGCUCAUGAUGUCAAGGCACAACAAGGGGAGGUAACAAUGGUUGCUGAUCUUGCUGGUCCAGCCUAUAAAUUUGAACUUUCAUCUGCUGUUCCAUCUGUUGGUUUGCCAAGAGCAACCUUUAAAUUCCCACUUGGUGAAGUUACAUUGGCUGAGAAAGAGGAGGAGGAGGAGGAAGUGCGGAGAAUGUUGUCAAUAAAUGGGAUCCUUAAAGGUCAUAUUCUAAAUGGGGUUUUUAAUGCUCAAUAUGAGGAUCAAAAUGUGAAUCUGAGAUACUGUUAUAAGGAUGAGGAAAUGGCCUUUAUUCCAAGCAUUUCACUUCCUUCAAAUGCAAUAUCCUUUGCUUUUAAGCGUCGGUUUGGUCCUUCUGACAAAUUGAGCUACUUGUACAAUUUUGAUUCAAACUACUGGAGUACGGUGUACAAACACACUGUUGGCAAGGACUUCAAAUUCAAAUCUGGUUAUGAUUCAGCAGCGCGACUUGGUUGGGCAUCCCUUUGGGUUGGAGAUGAAGCUGGCACUGCUAAGACAGCUCCCAUGAAGAUGAAAGUUCAGUUCAUGCUCCAAGUGCCACAAGAUGAUAUCAGAAAGUCAGUGUUGAUGUUCCGUGUGAAGAAGAGGUGGGAUAUAUGAGUCUGUCUGCUGCAAGCCCCCGUGUUACUAAAAUAUAGGUUCUACUUGGUAAUGUAGUGUUGGGAUGCAAUGUCCUGUUGUAAUGAUGUUUUUGCCCCAGAACCAUCUUUCUGGUGUAAAUUUUAAUCUCUAAAUUAAAGCAAAAUUUUUUAUAGCAA